AUGUCUCAAACCGAGAUUCGCCAGUUUAACUUUGGUCCUAUUACUGCACAUGCUUUCAAUAAAGACCGAACACAGGUUGCUAUUUGCCCUAAUAAUAAUGAAGUACAAAUUCAUCAAAGAACUGCCGGAGGAUGGAGCUUGAUACAUACUUUAGUUGAAGCAAGUCACGAUAAACUCGUUACUAGUAUUGAUUGGGCAGUUGAAACUAAUCAAAUAGUAACAUGUUCUCAAGAUCGAAAUGCAUAUGUUUGGAACCUUGAUCAGACUAGUGGCAAAUGGAAACCAACUUUAGUGUUGUUGCGUUUUAAUCGAGCAGCUACAUUUGUUCGUUGGUCACCUAAUGAAACCAAAUUUGCUGUAGCAUCUGGUUCAAAGUGUAUAGCCAUUUGUUAUUUUGAUGAAGAGAACGAUUGGUGGAAUAGUAAACAUUUAAAGAAACCUAUUAGAAGUACUGUUUUAAGUCUUGAUUGGCAUUCGAAUAGUAUACUUUUAGCUGCUGGUUGUGCUGAUUUUAAGGCACGCGUAUUUUCGGCAUAUAUUAAAGGUGUCGAUCAAAAACCAGCUCCAACACCUUGGGGAGAUAAGUUACCUUUUAAUACUGUUUGUGGGGAAUUCUCUAAUGGUGGUGGUGGUUGGAUUCAUAGUGUAGCCUUUUCACCUAGUGGUGAUGCAUUGGCUAUUACUGGACAUGAUUCACAAAUAACUAUUAUUUAUCCUGGCCAAGAAUUUUAUACGGUCAAAACAAAUAAUUUGCCAUUUUUAAGUUUACUAUGGGUAAAUGAUAAUCAAUUGAUAGCUGCAGGAUAUGAUUGUGUUCCAGUAUUAUUUGAACGACAGAAUGAUCAAAGUUGGAAAUUUUCUAAAGUACUUGAUGUUAGUAAAAAAAAGAAUAUAAAUGAAUCAUCAACAGCAUUUAAUAGAUUUCGUGAUUUGGAUGCUCGUGGUAUCUCUUCUCGUUCCGGAAGUGAUGAGACAGAAUUGAACUCCAUUCAUCAAAAUACUAUCACAUCACUUCGUCCAUAUAACGGAACACCUGGAGAUAUAUCUCAUUUUUCAUCAAGUGGUUUAGAUGGUAGAUUAGUUAUUUGGAAUUUUCAAAGCCUUGAAAGUCAAUUUAAAGGGUUAAAAGUGUGA